UAAACCUCUUCCACUUUUAUUAAUAAAGCUACGAAAACUCCGUUCUCCCGUACCUGGUCCUAUCCCGUUUCAUCUAUUAUAGAUAUGCCCAUAUAAUAGAAAACAAGAAGACCGACGCCGUUUCCGUCAAACAAAAACUGAAUUGUUGGGAGGAAAUAAAAACCGAAUUUAACGCAGUCACUACAGAGGGACCUAGGGAUGUUCAGUCGCUCAAGACUUUUUACCAGAAUACCAAGAGAAGUUUGAAAAAGGAACGGGCUGAAAAGAAUAAAGAAACAUAUAUUUCAAUCCUGGAAAAUAAGCUGGACAACAGAGGUGAGGGAACCUCCCAGGACACAGGUGAACCAGAAAUGGAAAUUACGGAAGCUUUACAGGUCCUGGAAACAAUAGAAAAGAAAAAGACAAAAAAAACAGGAGGUGGAAGUUACAGCCCCAUUUUGCCAACAGGAGCUGACGCAAUUUUGGGAGAGUUGUUGGCGGAUCAACUCCAGCCGUUAGAAAACAGUUUUGAUGAUGGGGCACAAUAUUUUGGAAACGUUAACAACAGCGAACCCCAAAAUCCUUCCUCCUCCAUUCCAAUCCGCCGAAAAAAAUUCCGAGUUCCAAAGAGAAGCGGUUCAAAUAUUAAACAGAAAAUUUACGAACGAAAAUUAUUUUUGGUCAAUUUAGAAAUUCGUCAGAAGCAAAGACUUUUUCAGAAGGAUUUAAAAUUAAAAAAUUUACAAAUUAGGAAGGCAGAAUUAGAAUUAGAAAAACUUGUUAAUAGUAAUUAA